ACGGCACUGAGAGGAACUUUGAAUGCUCAGCUAUAAUACUUCAUAAAGAACAGAAAAAUCUCUUCUGUGAUCAUGAACACAUCAGUCAUCACUACAGAGGGCCGGGUUUACGCUGGGGUCUUUGGCUGCAUUAUGGUGAUAGGUCUGCCUCUCAACGCAGUCGCACUGUGGAUUCUUCUUCGCCGUCACAGCCUCAAAUCGCCCCACGCUGUCUUAAUGGUCAACCUGGCAGUAUCAGACCUGCUGGUCAUCAUCUCUUUGCCCAUGAGGAUCUACUUUCAUGCCACAGGCAGAUGGCCUCUGAGCAACAUGAUGUGCCAAUUCAUCACAAUGCUCUUUCGCAUCAACAUCCGCUCCAGCACCUUCUUCAUUACUUUCAUCAGCGUGGACAGACUGCUGGCUGUGGUUUAUCCUCUGAGGUCACGCCAUCUUCGAACUUCAUCCAAUGCCUGGAAAGGAGCAGCAGUGGUCUGGCUAUUUGUUCUGUUAAUGAAGGUCCCAGAAUUUAUGAAGUUAAAAUAUUUUAAAAACAGAAACAAUACCACUUGUUUUGGACCUCUUGAUUCUGUGAGUGCAACACAAUCAGCAGUUAUUUAUUUGUAUAUGGCGUUAAUAGUCACAAUGCUAGCAGUCAACAUUAUUUGCACCGUUAUGGUGUCUUGGACUUUAUGCAACCGUCCCAGUGACACUGCAAAGAUCAACAACAAGAUAAUCAUCAGAGAGUGGAAGGUUUGCUGCUCAGCUGCAAUUCAGUUCAUAAAGGAGGAAGAAACUUCAUCAUGAACGCAUCAAAUGUCACUACAGAGGACCGGGUUUAUGCUGGGGUCUUU